AGUGACGUCACAGGUCGAAAACAAAAACAAAGCUUCGUCUUGCCUCAUCUCUGUGUUCCUGUCUCGCGCUGUCUGUCGUGUUUUUAACGCUUUAAAGCCUCGACUUCUCCUCGUGUCUUCAUGUUCACGGUCCUCUCUCAGGUGGUCUCUCAGGUUGUCCAUUAAGUCCAGCUGAAGCUGAGGUCCACCAGGAGGUUCACGGUACCGGGAGAAGUUCUGCAGCCAUGGCUCAGCAGAGAGGAGUCAACAGCCUGCAGUUCAACCAGGACCAGAGCUGUUUCUGCUGUGCUAUGGAGACCGGGGUCAGGAUCUAUAAUGUGGAGCCCCUGAUGGAGAAAGGUCACCUGGACCACGAGCAGGUGGGCAGUGUGGCUCUGUGCUCCAUGCUGCAUCGCUCCAACCUGCUGGCCGUAGUCGGAGGAGGAGUCAACCCAAAGUUCUCUGAGAUAUCCGUGCUGAUCUGGGACGACGCUCGAGAGUCCAGAGACCCCAAAGACAAACUGGUCCUGGAGUUCACCUUCACCAAACCGGUUCUGGCUGUCCGCAUGAGGCACGACAAGAUCAUCAUCGUCUUAAAGAACAGGAUCUACGUGUACAGCUUCCCAGACAACCCGGUGAAACUGUUUGAGUUUGACACCAGAGACAACCCCAAAGGUCUGUGUGAUCUGUGUCCCAGUCUGGAGAAACAGCUGCUGGUGUUUCCAGGUCAUAAAUGCGGCAGCCUGCAGCUUGUUGACUUGUCGAACACUAAGCCGGGUACGUCCUCGGCCCCGUUCACCAUCAACGCUCACCAGAGUGAGAUCGCCUGUGUGGCUCUGAAUCAGCCCGGCAGCGUGGCGGCGUCGGCCUCUCGUAAAGGAACCCUGAUCCGCCUGUUUGACACCACGACCAGGGACAAGCUGGUGGAGCUGCGCCGAGGAACCGACCCCGCCACCCUCUACUGCAUCAACUUCAGCCACGACUCCUCCUUCCUCUGCGCCUCCAGCGAUAAAGGAACCGUUCACAUCUUUGCGCUCAAAGACACCAAGCUGAACCGCCGCUCUGCCCUGGCGCGUGUGGGUAAAGUGGGCCCUGUGAUCGGUCAGUACGUGGACAGUCAGUGGUCGCUGGCCAGCUUCACGGUGCCGGCUGAGUGCGCCUGUAUCUGCGCUUUUGGGAAGAACACGUCCAAGAACGUCAACUCUGUCAUCGCCAUAUGCGUGGACGGGACCUUCCACAAGUACGUCUUCACCCCCGACGGGAACUGCAACCGAGAGGCCUUCGACGUGUACCUGGACAUCUGUGACGACGACGACUUCUGAGCCGGCGUGCAACGCAUCACAGAGGAGGAAGAGGAGGAGUGAGGAAGAGGAGAGGACACGAGGAGGACGAUUGGAAGUGAUGAUGCUUCUGUUGCAGAGACAGAUGGGACCCGGCCUGAGACGGAGACUCACAGACUCGAUGCUGCUGCUGCUCCGGCUUCAUGAAGUCCUCUGUGUUUGUAAUCAGUUUAUCUGCAGUAUGUAGCAGCGUGAAUAUCAGUACACUUUUAUAUGAGCGUGUUGUAGAGGGGGUCACAGAGUCCCUGAGUCCAUGAGACCCCGAGUCCAUGAGACCCUGAGACCUCAGAGGAGACGGACUGUAUUUAUGGGAAGUCACAUUAAAACUCACUUUUUAAGAAACCAG